CGGGACACAUGACGCACAGCCCUCGGCGCACCUCUGCAGGGAUAGUGCGGACAGACGCCUCCCUCUCCCUCUCCCUCUUCGGCAUGAAGCGCCUCACCUCUGCACCCUGGGCUGCCCUGGCCCUCGGCCUGGUCUUUGCCUCCUUCCACUUGGCUUGCUUGGCAGAAACGAGGAACAGCGACAACUCAACCUUGACCACCCAGCACCCAGAUCCCGGAAGCCUGGAGCAGUGCCCCAACGUGGACUUCUGCCCCCAGGCGGCUCGGUGCUGCCACACCGGCGUGGACGAGUACGGCUGGAUCGCGGCGGCCGUGGGCUGGAGCCUGUGGUUCCUCACCCUCAUCCUGCUCUGCGUGGACAAACUGAUGAAGCUCACGCCGGACGAGCCCAAGGAUUUGCAAGCGUGAGGCUUAGACCCUGAGCCCCCAGCACGUGGGUCGCCACCCAACUGCGGGUCACUGCGCGGGAGGGGGGGAGGGGUGCAGCUCCAGGUGUUGUCACCUCCGCGCUGCGGUGACUUCCACAAGAGAAGGAAGAAGGAAAGGGGGAUCCGAAGAAGAAAGGCCAGUGCUGCCCCCCUCCGAAAUCCACAGGCGUUCGUGCGUGCAGAGCCCCGACCCUCUCUGUCUGGAUCCCCUCGCCUCUCCCCAGGGCUCCCGCCCGCAGGCCGUGGGACGUGACUUUGACUUUUGUCGCACGUUCGCACGUUCUUUGAAGCUAAGCUCAGAACCUUCUCACCCCAAACAGGCCAUUGUGUUCCGUCUCUCUUCUCAUUCAAGGGCAUCCCUGGCAUUCCAAAAAGUAGGACUCGCCUUUGACCGGCCCGGCGUCCUCCCCCCGCCCCACCCCCUCGUGCACUGCUUCUCCCGCUCUUGCUCUUUCUUCAGCCUUGUCCUCCGCGGCGGUCCUGCCCCACCGUCCCCACCGGCAGCCCGGCUCUGGCCUUCCUACAUCACCCCUGCCUUGCCUCAAGCCUUUUCGGUUCUGUCCUCACCACGGUCCAGCACGUCCUCCCCACGAGAUCCUCCCCACGGGUCCUCCCCACGGGGUCCUCCCCAGGGCCGCCGUCAGUGCGGUGCUGUCACCCCCUGCGGACGACCUUCUGUGAAGCCUCACCCCCGCACCUCUCACAGGGCUGGCCUUCCACUCUGCUUCCUGGGUCUGUCUCCCCGCGCCUCCGGGACUAGGCCUCCAGGGACCCUGUCCUUGUCCCAACAUCUCCCACUUCCUGCCGCCAGGCCCUCCGUCUCCAGAUGGAAGCGCAGGCCUCAAAGUCCAGCCCAAAUGCUUUCUCUCGUAGCCUUGGGGGACCCAGAGCUGGUGUUCGGGGGGCCGGGGGUGGGGCGUCUGCUAAUGAGCUAAUGUCUGUCCCACCAACGAAUGAUGAAUGAAUGAAUGAAUGAAUGAAUGAACGAACCAAUGAGCAGGUCCUGGCCUGAGAUGAAUUUAUGACACUCAUUCCAUGUAGAGAACUUCACUUUUCUAGAAAGGGUUGAAAUAACCCAUCUCCACGGAAGCCAGCUGGUUUGCUUCCCGCUCACCCUGCACAAGGAUGUUACUGGUCGCUGGGAACAUGGGGGGGAGGGGGGUGUGGGUCAGAGGAGAGGAGAGCGGGUUCAUCAGAAGAAAGGAAGAACAAAAUGACUCUUCUUAUUAUGAGAUACGGCGGCCCUAUGUGGCGACACGUGUAUUUAGACUGAACAACCAAAUAAUUAUGCACAAGAAAGUGAGGGGCCCCUGAAGAAGCAUUUCCUAGGUUCUUUCAGAAAAUCUAAGUAAAAAAAAAAAAAAAAGAAAAAGAAAAGAAAAUCUAAGUAGAUUUCCCCGACGGUGGGAACUGAAGGAAUUUUGCCUGGCUUAGUCUGCUCUUUUCUGACUCUCCGUGGUUUAAUCAAUAAAAUGGAUGGCUUUACUGUGCCCCUGCGCUAA